UGUUGUUUUGGACACUACCGUUCCCAUAAUGCACCUGGAAACAGCUAGGUAACGUGACGUUUCUGAAACUUGCCGAGACUUGUGAAACAGGCUCACCGAGCUCGCGCUGCUGCAGCUGUAGCACAUCCCGUGACAAAAAAUGCACUGAUUUCUGAAUGUGAAACAGAAAGGUGUUAGCAAGAAAUGUGCAGUACAUGCCUGCACAUCCACCCAGACAGAUGAAGAAAAGCUUUUUACUGAAUGCUCAGAGUGUCUCCUGGACGUUGCAAAGAUGUACCAAAUUGUACCAGCGACAGUUGGGGAUAUUGGCCUUAGUGGUAUGCGUGAAUACACACCACCAAAGAAAAGAGUGGAUCGGCGUGGACGUCGGCUGAUUGCAUCAAGCUUGUUUGGGGCAGUGCUAGUCAUUGCAGCUGUGGUAGCUUGGUGCUAUUAUUCUGUGUCUCUCCGCAAGGCAGAUCUGCUGAAGACUGAACUGCUAGACCUCAACAAAGAUGGCUUUGUCAUUCGCAACCAAGCUGGAGCUAUCAUCUUCCGAAUGGCAUUUAGGUCAGGCUCCCUUGAUCUGGACUCUUGCUCAAAGGAAGGCAGAAUUCUCAGUUGCAGCCAAUCCAAUGUAGGAAAGCUUAAUUUCUUCAUCGAAACUGUGAGACCCAAGGACACGGUGAUGUGUUAUCGUGUGCGCUGGGAGGAACUUGAUGUGUACCGUGCUGUAGAACAUGCCAUGGCCUAUAAUGGCUCUCACUGGUAUGGUGGGGCAGAGUCCUGGUCCCAGCAUUGGCCAAUUGUUUUUGCGGGAAACCAGGAACCCAAACCUUUCAUUACUAGUGAUGUCAAUUCAAAUCAGCAUGACUUUGGGGGCAUCCUGGAGCGCUACUGGCUCUCCUCCAAUGCAACUGCCAUCAAAAUCAAUGACUCAGUCCCUUUCCAUCUUGGCUGGGAUGAGAACAGCAAGAUGCUGCGAUUCCAGGCACGGUAUGAUAACAGUCCAUAUAAGCCAGACACUGCACAGCCUGUACACUCUGAGCUGAGCUAUCGUGUUUGUGUUGGGUAUGAUGUUACUUCCAUACAUAAAUACAUGGUCCGUCGUUAUUUUAACAAACCCAAUAAAGUUCCUUCAGAGGCUGUUUUUAGAUGGCCAAUUUGGUCCACGUGGGCCUUGCACAAGACUGAAGUGAACCAGGAGAAGCUACUGGCCUAUGCAUCAGAGAUUCAAGCACAUGGCUUCAACUGCAGCCAUCUGGAGCUGGAUGAUCGAUAUACAAAAAGCUAUGGAGAGUUUGAGUUUGAUCCAGUCAAGUUCCCUAAUGCAACUGAUAUGUUUCAGAAACUUAGAAAUGCUAGGUUUGAAGUCACCCUCUGGACCCAUCCCUUUGUGAACUACAACUCUACUAACUUUGGAGUUGGAGUGGAAAGAGGGCUUUUUGUGCGAGAACCUACUGGCGAGUUACCUGCCUUGAUCCGGUGGUGGAAUGGUAUUGGUGGCAUUUUGGAUUUCACCAAUCCAGAAACCCGUGAGUGGUAUGCCUCAAACCUCCGUGCCUUAAAGAACAAAUACGCGAUAGCGUCCUUUAAGUUUGAUGCUGGGGAGACCAGCUACCUGCCCCAGCAAUUCAGAACCUUCAUGCCCCUGCAUGAUCCCAGCGUAUUCACUCGCCGCUACAGUGAGAUGGCAAUCCCCUUCAACGACCGCGCUGAACUGCGUGCUGGGUACCAAUCCCAGAACAUCUCCUGCUUCUUCCGGAUCACUGAUCGUGACUCGGUCUGGGGAUACGACCUGGGGCUUAAGUCGAUCAUUCCUACUGUGCUAACUGUUAGCAUUCUGGGUUACCAGUUUGUUCUCCCGGACAUGAUCGGUGGAAAUGCUUACCCAAACCGCACUGAAGGAAAUCAGGGACUCCCUGAUCGGGAGCUCUACAUCCGCUGGCUGGAACUGUUAGCAUUCAUGCCAGCUAUGGAGUUCUCAAUCCCACCAUGGCUGUAUGAUGAUGAGGUUGUAGAGAUUGCUAGGAAGUUUACAAAGCUUCAUGAGACCCUGGUGGCUCCUCGAGUGCUCGAACUUGCUGGGGAAGUGUUAGACACUGGAGAUCCUAUCAUUCGCCCUCUGUGGUGGAUUGCUACAGAUGAUGAGGCUGCCUACAAGAUCGAUUCACAGUUUCUCAUAGGGGACGACCUUAUGGUAGCGCCAGUUCUUGAGCCAGGCAAGCAGGAGAGAGAUAUUUACCUCCCAGCUGGCAGAUGGAGGAGCUACAAGGGUGAACAUUUUGACAAAGGGCCGAUACAUCUUACUGACUACCCUGUGGACUUGGAUGAGAUUGCCUACUUUGUGUGGUCAGGAUGAUACAAACUUCAAAGGGAAGUGUUUGCACACAACAGACCCAAAUAACUAUUGCAAUUCCAUUGAACACAAGCAUUCACGCACAAUUUGUUCUUUCUCACAUUCUUGUGCCUUGUAAUCGGUAUUCGACUGUAACCAGCAUACGUAAUAUUAUAUUUGAAAGUUUUCUAAUGGUUAAACUAAUAUGUACAUUGUUUAUGAAUGAAAGAGGUACACAAACAAUGUUUAGAAAUGGAAGCUGGGAAGGUAGACGAUACCAUUUCUGAUUUUACCUCUUUAGAGAAAUGUAUGCAUUGGUUUUUGUCCUUUGAAGAUUGAAGUUCUAUCACAGUAGUUCCAAUAGCUCUGUAAUGGUGGAAAUGUAUUAACUAGUUAUUAGAAAGCAACCUACAAAAUAGAGAGGGACAAAUGUAACUUUUGACCACAUUCCAUUAUCACAGGUAAAGUGAAUGUUGUUAGUGAAACACUGGGAGUUUAUUUUAUAUGAUGGCAAAUUAUUACCUUGUUUGACUGACAAUGUAUUAAAAAGAAAGCACAGAAAGAAACUUUGGACCUCAGUUAACAGGAAACAGAAGUGCAUUUGGUCUGUUCUCUUUAGUAUUCUUUAAAAUGCUCAAAAACUACUGACAAUGCCAUAUAGAAUUCGAGUAUUCUGAAACUGCUAUAAACACACAUGAUGUACAUUUACACCACAGUGAGUAUGUAAACAAGUAUUUGUAUUCAGAUUAUUUUUCCUCUCCUGCUGGUUAUUAAUUUUGUGAGUUGAAUUUUACGUUGUUUUAUGUGUGCUUUUUGCUUGCAAUUGCUUCAACAAUUUAAGAUAAACUACAGAGCAAUACAGUGUAUUUAUAAUAAAGCUGAAGUGGCUUGGAAGCCUGAAAUUUAAAAAAAGGACUUGAUUUAUUUUAUUUUUUUUGUCUGUCUGUAUUCUACUGAUACUGUGAAUUAAAUCCCUUUCCAGAUUAUUUAAACAGCAAGAGAUAGUCAUGCCAUCAGAUGUAACAAAAAGUAACACAAGCCUUCUGUGUCAGAAUUAAAAUGGAAAGUUGUCAAGUAUAUUUAUUGUUGACUGGUUACAAAUAAACCUACUUUUCAAGACCA